AUGCUCAACUCGCGCUCAAUGCAUGAACACAAUGUUCGAACUUUUAUAUCUCUAUCUUCUCCUCAAGCAGGUCAAUAUGGAACCAGUUUUCUACAUUUGAUUUUUCCUGAUUUGGCUGCCAAAACAGCAUAUGAGCUUUUUUACUCCAAAAUUGGACAGCACACAUCCGUCGGAAACUACUGGAAUGACCCACAUAAGCCAGAUAUGUAUUUGAAAUUCAGUGUUUUUCUGCCAUACAUAAACAAUGAGAUUAUUUCUGGAAAUUCAACUGAUUUUAAUGCAGCAUUAACUAGUUUAGAUAAAUUUAUUCUUAUUGGAGGACCGAACGACGGAAUGAUUAUACCGUUGCAAUCAAAUCAUUUUGGAUAUUACAACGACAGUCUUGAUGUAAUUCCAUUGAAUGAGCGAAAAAUAUAUGCAUCGGACGACAUUGGCUUAAAAACAUUGGCGGACCAUGGAAAAUUGAUAAUAAUCGUUAAACCCUUUGUACAUCACUUAACGUGGCACCCAAAUAAACGAGUUAUUAAUGAGGUGAUUUUACCUUAUUUAAUUUAAAUUUGUUAAUGCUGGAUUUAAUUGAAAUUCAAAAAUAUACAACCCUCGCUCUUUUUCUGUAAA